UGUGCUGAGCCCUAGCGAGGCUAGCUGCGCCUUUCCGUAUGCACCGCGCCGAGUGCUGGGUACUCUCCGUGCACAAAACACCAUCUGCAUUUUGCUGUUAACGCGCCUUCACAUCCAAGGGAGGAUUAGGAGAAAAUCCCCAGGUUUUUUUCAACCAGUUGACAAAUAUCAGAUUUGUCUCUAAAAAAUUAGCUCCAUCUAUAUCUCCCACCAUAUGACACACAAAAAAGAUUAUCUGUAAUACCCAGCCAGCUUGGGUGGGGAAAAAGCAGAUUAAAGUUUCAGUUUGGUCAUAUUUACGCUGCCUCUUCAAGUGCGAGACUGUCUGCAAUCCACAGUCGACAGACCUCUUCGCAAAGAGUCCUCCCCUCGUGUGUACACCCACCCCCAAGCUUUACCUUCCAGAAACAAGAUGUCUGCCUUGAAACAAUUAGACAUCAUACUUAAAUAAUUCAUCAUUUCCCAGUGACUCUUUCUCUUCUACGUGUCCUUUAAACAGAGAGAGUGAGCUGCCAAAAGGGCUAAAGUGAAUAACAGCAGCAGGUGCCUUUUCAGAUGGAGCUUUGUAGUCUGCAGUGGGUGCUGAGCUGUUAUUUUAGUGGCCCACUAGUGAGGAGCAGGGGAGGGCUGGGAAAUGGACCUGCUAGCUGACCCCCAGACCCCAGAGCUGUCCUGUUAGCACUCCCCCCUCCGCUCCACGUUACCAGGAGUAACUCCUGGCUUAAGUUGUAUUUAAAAUCUAACAAUGCAACAUGCAGCUGUGUUUACCUGUGAAGUUUAAGAACCUCGCUUCCUAAAAAUAAACUCCUUUGACCCUCAAGGAGGUCGUUUGUGUCUGCAGUGACAGAUUGUAAGGCUGGACGUGCAUGAUUAUAACACAUCAGCAUGCAUCAGAGGGAUUUAAACAUACGAGUAAGAUGCUCCUCUUUAAGCCUCCACUAAGUCAGUGUGUUCUUCCUGACCAUUUCAUUAUCAAAUACAUAAUCGUCAUCUGCCGAGGACAGAACCGAAGGCCUAAGGCCCUACCUGGUGUCCUGGAUGUUGACUUCCUUGCUUCCGCUCAAGACCACUGCCCCACCCAGAGGUUGCUUUAUGAACACAGGAGCCCCAUAAAUGAAAUUAAGGUGUCAAUUAGUCAAUUACAGCAUAAUAACUCUGAGGGCAGACAUUUAGAGACAAAGAGAACCUCAGCUAAGUUCAUUUCCUCCAGCCCAGGAGCCUAGCGUUUGGCACACGUCACUCCCCACCCAGACUCGCUGAAUAAGGGCCCCAGUGCUCUCCCUAAUGUUAUUUUCCCCUGGAUAUCUUUUUUGAUCAACAAUUUCCUUUCAUGGGUUUGUUUUUCAGAUGCAGGGGAUGCACUUUUUCUCUCCCCAAUUUGGCUAGGGAGAAUUUUAUAAUUUAGUAAUUAAAAUCUUUGUUAGGCUUUAGAAAUUGCAACUAAUUGAAUUUAAUGGGAAGAUGAAUUUCAAUUUUAUUUGAUUAGCAAGACCCCUGGCAUAGGUAUUUAUGGAAAAAACUCUACAAAAAUAUGCUGUGUGGGCUAAGAUGGCAUAAUAGAAUUACAGAUAAUCGGAUUUCACUGUCAUGAAUUUCACUCUAAUUUCACUAUAAUUUUCCAUUAGAUAGCUGGUUUACAAAUAUUUGCUCAUCUGCGAUGGGAAAGGCUAUCUGUCUAAAAUGAUUACCGAGCGAGCCUUCAGAAAUAUGUCCCUUUUUUUUCUCCUCCCUUUUAAAACCAGAUUGCGAGGGAUCAAAAUUAGGAAGAUUGCAUUAUGGAUGUCUGCAUCCGGGAGAGCAAUGGGGGAGAUAUGAUGAUUACGGCCGGGGGAUGAAAGCGGUGUCAAGAAAAAUGUAUGACUGAAAAACAUAGGCCUAUUCUAUCUACCGAAUCUCUGCUCUCAACACAGUGCCGCCAAGCAACAUGCUAUAUCGUGAUUCAUGUAAUAUCAGCGCCCCAAAUAUACCUUCUACUUUAUACACGUUAAUUGCUUUCAAGUAUGUACCUUUAAUGAGAUUUUCAUUGCGCUUUUCCUAGCGUAUGUAUGUCAACGCAUAUACAGCUACACAGCAAUUAUGAAAAUCAAAUGAGUUUCGAAGGAAUCAUCGUCAUGAGUCAUGCAAAUGAUGAUCAUCAAAAUGUGGUGUGUUGCGAUCAUCGCUGUUGUGGCUGCAUCUGCGUGUAAGUUUAAUAUUCCGCUCCUUCUCCGCUUAAAAAAUAAAUAUAUAAUGCAAUAUAAACAGACGUGAGAGGGAAUAAUAUUCCACAUCAUAGACAACCUCGAGGAACACUGAGGUGAACUCUUGUUGAAAAGCCUCUGCUUCAGAAUUAAGCUUUUACACGUUCAAUUUCCUGCCAAUUUUCAACAACAUGACAGUGAGUAUCAGGAAUAAACUUGCUUCAUUGUCUGCUGAAAAACAAACCGUUUUUAAUUUGUUGUGUUCAAACUUUAAGACGCAGAGUCGGAGAGGUUCACGCCGGACUGUUGCUCCUUCUGUCUCUCACACCCCCACCUGUGCACUCCACCCGUCAUGACAGACCCCAAUACCCCACGCCGGCUCACACCCACUCCAGCCUAUUCGCUCAGUCACUUUUUUGCCCCCCGAAUUGCCAGAGACAGCAAGAGGGGUUCAAAAACACAAUCUGACUUUCGGCAAAGGUCAGAUUUCUCACUCGGCAUGUCUCUGGGCUUUGGGCACAAAAGCCGCUGAAUUCACAUCUUUCAACUGGGCAAUAGCUUUUGUCCUGGGGAAUGGAGGACUCGGAGUGGGCCCUGCACCAGACCAGCCCCUCCUGGAGCGCACGGUCAGGGGCAGCCAAACGUCUGGCCCCAGCGGCCCUUUGACUGAUGUACCCCUACCAUGUCACAUGCAUAGGAGCGCGCGCACACACGCUCACACGCAUACACACUCCACCUUGCCCUCAACAUUCUCCCGCAUGCACCAUACAAUACCCUCACGCCACAUCAAACGAAAAGCCCCACAGCUCCUUUUGAAAAGUAAUGGUUUCGCCCCCAAAGAUGGCAGCUCGAGGGUCCAGAAGGCUGUAAUGCAUGGACGACAGACCCUGCCUCCUGUGGACAUUGUUACAUGAAUAGAAUUCACCCUGCACUCGCCCCCUUGAUAUCAAGUUUUUGAGAUACUGUGGAAGUUUUUAUUGUUAUGCUCCACCUAUGUGAGACAAAAAGCAUCACAGCGUUAGAGCCAGGCAGAUGUUCUCACCACUUCAAAAAUCUCUACCACAUCAGUGGCAUGCGAUCAUUUUUAGUAACUAUUAUAUUUUCAGGUUUCAAUCUAGCAAUUCACACGGGCCACAAAUCCAUUAACAACAUAUAUAUUUAUUUAUUUGUACGGAGACUGACACAAAAGAUUUUUAUCCAGCAACAGAACAAAAGAGCGGUCGCCAAGUCAGGUCGUGCACAACAAAAACAAUUCGAUUUCAUUAGAUCCCGGGCUAAUAAAAGUAGUAUUUACAGUACAAAGUUAAAUCGAGGGUGGAACCUUUUGAUAGAAACUCUUUUAAGGCUAUUUUCCUUUAUGUGGUUAGGAAGGAGGAGACAAAGCCUUAUUUUUUUCCAUUAUUAGCCAGGAUGAGUCAUCAUAAUUUCAGAAUCAACCAAAACCAGUUUUAUGUACAUGCUUCAGACUAACAGCACUCAGGAACUGAAGCCCGACCUAUGUAUUAUUGUAUUAUGGUCCAAAGCCAUAAAGUUGUUCAUUUCCUCUUUUCUGUGUCCAGUAAAUGCUAGUUAUACAACACCUUUAUUCAGAGUAAACCUGCCGUGGAAAACAGGAAUAUCCAGUUACCUUUGAAAGUUGAGACUUUCUUGUUAUUUUGUGUCGCUCUGUAAAUUCCACAUUCUUGACACACCACCAUGUUUACAGUAUAUGGGCAUUAUGUACAAAUGGUCCCGAGGCGCUUUGCAUGCUGCUGCGGAAGAAACUGCCAGGCAAAUAAAGGGUUUGUCUUAUAAAGUAUUCAUUGUCACCUGGUAACGGCCGUCGUUUAUCAUUUCACCUGAAAUUACAAUGAAAACUGAUAGCUUAUCAGAGGGAGGGAAGGAGAACCAGAGCGCUCUGAGUGAGAGACAGAGAGAGAAGCAAAGAAAGUAUACCAUGCAGGGCUGAAAUGGAGAGGAUUGCUAUAUUCUGAGGGAGGGAAAGAGUUAUUCGCUUUAAGCUAAAGGGCUGGAAAAUGUAUUUUGUGAAAUCUUUUUCUAAGCUUAAAGCUUCUGUGAUAGACAUGAGGACAAGCAUAUUUACCAAAUAGAAAUGUGCCUGGCUUUAUCCUGCCCUUUGACUAUGUACACAUCAAACAUAUAGUCUAUGAUUUAAUAAGUGAGGACAAAAUUGUGGAAAUAUUCUUCCACUUACUGUAGUUGUACUUUAUAUAUAGAGCGCUAAUUAAAUAUGUGUUUAAAAGCAGCUUUUACAUGUAGUCACACUGCAUUGGAUUUAAAUAAUUAGCCUCAAAGUAUAAUAUGUUUUAAUAAACGUAUACUCUUAUUCUCUAGAAAGCCCUUUUUCUUUUUCUUUUUUUUUAAGUGUUGUGUGCCCCCCCCUUCGCUCAUUUGAAUAGAGGCAGUGGAGGCUCCACCCAAGAGAGUUGAAAGGCUAGAAGACCACAAAGAUGGAAAGGCCAGCCCACUGAGGGAGGGAGAAAAAAAACUGCUCCGGUUCCUCUGCCAUAAUUUCCUAUCAGCCUAUUCAGACAACAUCACCAACAGCUUUGUCUGUGUGUGUGUGUGUGUACGGGAGCAAAAGCAAGAGAGGGAGGCAGCGCACGAGAGGCAGAGAGAGAGCGCCACAGAGAGAGAGAGACAGAGCAGGGAAGGGGGAGGCUCCAUAUUCUUUCACCUAACCCCCCCAUCACCGUCAAACCACAGGAAGGAGGGGCCAGACCCUAAGCUGCCAAUCAAAUCCGCUCGUGGCAGCCGGCAUUAUCUCAGCAACAAACUAUUGACAGAUUACAUGUCAAGGAGUUUAGUGCUUGAUUGAAGGAAGCCUCUUUUUUUUUUUUUUAAAUCUAGUUACUUUUCCGCUGUAUUCCCCCCCUCCAACAACCAACAUUCGAAUGACUUUCUAACAGAGUUGAGUAAUAUUAUGAAAGUUACAUGUCUGAGAGGAUUUAACUUCGACUUCCCUGAAUAUGCUGAAAGGAGUUUAUGCACUGAAACGACCUCAGGAAAACCCAAGAUGGCCGCCAAAAGAAAAGGUGGCCUAAAACUCAACGCUAUCUGUGCCAAGCUGAGCCGCCAGGUGGUGUUCGACAGCAGCUCCCAGAAUGCAGAGGGAGACCAGAGUGUAGCAGACAACAGCGAGCGCGGUAGCUCCCACUACGACGACAACGAGACCAACUUCCCCGAGAGCCUGAGCCUAAAUCAGAGCCUAGAGGAGGACCAGAAGCGACGCGAGGCCAUUGAGAAGUGGGUCAACGGCGAGUACGGCGAUGAGCCCCCAGCUCCUGACGACGAUCAGGAGCAAGAACUCAAAGUCAGCAAUGACGAAGAUGGCCCUCCUGAGGGCGUGUACAUGGUACAGCCCAAAGGCUGCAGCGAUGAGGAAGACAAUGGAGAGGAGGCCGAGCCUGCGGCGGGGUCUCAAGAUGGCAGUUACCCUGAAGACAAAGAAGCUGAAGACAGGCCUUCAAAAGAUGACGCCUACAUGCCGCCGAGUGAGGCCCAAAAUCGCCAAGCACCAUUCUCCUCUCCAGGAGAAGCGUCUGCCCUGCGAGACUAUGCGGCCAACACCAUGAAUGAAUUUCUGGGAAUGUUCGGUUAUGAUGACCAGCAGGUAAGGGAUGAGCUGACCAAGAAGAUCAGCUUUGAAAAGCUCAAAGCUGCUACCUCAGACCCCUCAUCCCUCAGCAGCGAGGAGGCCUCACGGCGUGCCCGCUUCUCCAAGUACGAAGAGUACAUUCGCAAGCUAAAAGCUGGAGAGACCCUACCUUGGCCCAUGCACGCUUCCCCGCCUAAACCAGACGACCUCAACUCAAAACUGGCUCAAGAUAAGAGCGCUACCAUGCUCCAGACCUCUGGUUGUCUACCAGGAGCCGAGGCACAGAUUUACCCCUCCAGCAUGGACCACAAACAGCCAGUAGCACCUCAGCUGGGUAAUUCUCAGCCAGCUAAUCCCUCUCACAUGCAGAACAUGGCCUCCCGAGCGUCCAAGUAUGACUUCUUUAUUCAGAAGCUGAAGAUGGGCGAGAGUUUACAGCAGCAGAAUGGUAAUGCUUACAAGAGACCCUCAAAGUACGACCUGGAGAACAUCAAGUUUCUGCUCCCCUUCAAACCCGGUGAGGGCAACCCUGACAUGGGCGGUUCCAUCGCCUUUAAGACUGGCAAAGUGGGUCGCCCUUCAAAAUAUGACAUCAGAACAAUUCCGAAGCUAAUGUCAGGAAACCCCGAGGCCUCACUGGUGCCCAGUGUCCUUCCUACGCCACCGGGGAACCCUGCAGCUCCCGGUGUCCCCGCUGUAGGCGCACCUGGAGCCAGCAUAGCGCCAGGGCUUACAGUGGACCAGGCGGGCCACAUAAGUUUCAAUGCCUCCGACUACCUGAAGUCCAGCUUUUCCAAGACUGACUCCAUCACCACUGGCACUGUGUCCUCUGUUAAGAAUGGUCUGCCACCAGAUAAACCCGCCAGCGACGACAUCAACCUCUACCAGAAAUAUAUUGCCAGGUUCUCUGGAAGUCAACACUGUGGACACGUGCACUGUGCCUACCAGUACAGAGAGCAUUAUCACUGUAUGGACCCUGACUGUAACUACCAGGUGAGCAGGUUUACCAGUAAGCAGGAUGUAAUCAGGCACUACAACAUGCACAAGAAGAGGGACAACUCCUUGCAGCAUGGCUUCAUGCGCUUCAGCCCUCUGGACGACUGCAGCGUCUACUACCAUGGCUGCCACCUCAAUGGAAAAAGCACCCAUUACCACUGCAUGCAGGUGGGCUGCAGCAAGGUGUACACCAGCACCUCCGAUGUCAUGACCCAUGAAAACUUCCAUAAAAAGAACGCCCAGCUGAUCAAUGAUGGCUUCCAGAGGUUUCGCGCGACUGAGGACUGUGGCACGGUCGGAUGUCAGUUCUACGGGCAGAAGACGACACACUUCCACUGCAGGCGCCCGGGCUGCACCUUCACCUUCAAGAACAAGUGUGACAUUGAGAAGCACAAGAGCUACCACAUCAAGGACGAUGCUUAUGCCAAAGAUGGCUUCAAGAAGUUCUAUAAGUAUGAGGAAUGCAAGUACGAGGGCUGUGUCUACAGCAAAGCCACCAACCACUUCCAUUGUAUCCGCUCCGGCUGCGGCUUCACCUUUACCUCCACCAGCCAGAUGACCUCCCACAAGCGCAAGCACGAACGUAGACACAUUCGCUCUUCUGGUGUCAUGGGCCUCUCUUCCACCUUCCUGGCACCAAAGGAUGAGCCCGAGGAAUCCAGCAACGACGACCUAAUGGACUUCUCGGCCAUUAGCAGCAAGAACUCCAGCCUGAGUGCCUCACCCACGACCCAGCAGUCCACUACUGUACCACACCUCUUGAGCACGCCCACCACUGCUGUCUCCUCCUCAUCCACAUCGGGCCACGCCCUCAAGCCGACCCCCUCGCUGCCCAGUGCGGGCCAGCGUAUGUCCACCCUGCUGUCUCAGACCUUGCCCAGCAACAUACCGGUGGCCCUUGCUCUUUCCAACAGCACCUUGGCCACCUCCAACCCGUUCUUCCCCCUUAUGUCCAGGCUGCCUCUCCAGCCACCUCCUCAAGCUGCUGGCCUGAUAUCCGCUGUGUCUUCAGGGGCCCACUCCAUGCCCACCGACUCACUCACCCAAGGCUGCUCCACAGUCGGGGCGGAUGGAGCCAUGCCAUCUACCCCAACCUCCUUUGCCACCUCCUCCAUUAUGGAGAAGAUCUCUGCAAGCAAGGGUCUGAUUUCACCCAUGAUGGCCAGACUGGCGGCUGCUGCACUCAAGCCAUCCGGCAGCCCAGACACAGGGAAUGGGCAGCCGGCAUUAGCCAGCCAGUUCAAUCUGGUUCAAGUGAAGCAGGAGCCAGUGGACGCCAACUCCGGGGCUUCCCAAGACUCCACACAGGAGCACAGCCUGGACCUGAGCAAGAAAGACCAGAGUAAUGAAUCAAACGGACACCCUGUACCAGGGAAUACAUCUCUUUUAUCCUCGCUUAUGAAUAAGAUGUCACAGGUGAACCCUGCCCUCUUCAAUGCAAUGAACCUGAAGACAGAGCUAGAGGCAGGUGAGGGUGGUGACACCUCGGAGGCAGGACAGUAUCUCAGCAAAGUGCUGAAGAGGCCCCUGGCAGAAAAAGCCAACGAGAUCUGGAGGACGUACCUCCGCAGGUUUGACACGGAUGACUUCUGUGAAGCUCAGUGCGACUUCCUUCACAAAGUUCACUUUCACUGCUUGGUAGAGGACUGCGGUGCCCUCUUCAGCACUGUGGAUGGGGCUAUAAAACAUGCUAACUUCCACCUCCGAGCCACCUUGAAAGUGAAGUCGGAGCCUUCGUUCGGUGAGGGCAAGGACUCCGGUGAGGGCGCCCAGCUGCAGCCCGUUGCCCCCGUCUCUAUGGCCAACAACCCCUCCAUGGAUGUUGCACACCUCUCCUCCUCUGGCGGAUACAGCUCUCCUCCCCCCUCCCUGCUGGCCUGGAAGCAGCUGACGGGCAGCAUCCCUCAGAUGCCAGCAUCAAUGCCCAACCUGCCAUCCAGUUCCCCUCUAGCCACCACCUCUCUGGAGAAUGCUAAGCCACAAGUCAAACCUGGUUUCCUGCAGUUCCAAGAAAAUGAUCCAUGUUUGGCUACUGACUGUAAAUACUCCAAUAAGUUCCACUUCCACUGCUUGUUUGGAAAUUGCAAGUAUGUGUGCAAGACCUCUGGAAAGGCAGAAUCCCAUUGCUUGGACCACAUCAACCCGAACAACAACCUGGUCAACGUCCGCGACCAGUUUUCCUACUACUCUCUUCAGUGUCUCUGUCCCAACCAGCACUGCGAGUUCAGAAUGAGGGGCCACUAUCACUGUCUGCGGCCUGGCUGCUUCUUCGUCACUAACAUCACCACCAAGCUGCCGUGGCACAUCAAGAAGCAUGAGAAGGCAGAGCGUCGCGCCGCUAAUGGCUUCAAAUAUUUCACCAAGAGGGAGGAGUGCGGGAGGCUGGGUUGUAAGUAUAACCAAGUCAACAGCCACUUCCACUGCAUCCGCGAGGGUUGCCAGUUCUCCUUCCUCCUCAAACACCAGAUGACCUCACACGCACGCAAGCACAUGAGGCGGAUGCUGGGGAAGAACUUUGAUAGAGUCCCAUCCCAGAUGAUGUCACUCGGCCGCAGGGCGGAUGAGAUGCAGCAGCACGCAUCGGGUAUGGUACACGGGUCCAUAACGAUCCAGCCUGGCAUCAGCUCCAACUUCUCCAACAUCACGGAUGAGAAUGAUGACUACAUGGACUACAUGGGUGCAGGAGGCAGCCCCUUGGGUCUCUCCUCCGAAUCCUCCAACCAGGACCGAAGCUGCACCAGCACACCUGUGGGCAACGACAGCUCUCCGGCAGGACAAGGCUGCCCCACCACCACUUCUGCUCCUACCACCCCUGCUGACACUAGCGCUACCCAGAAUGCACCUCCUUCCUUCUCUCCUCCUCCUCCACCACGACCACCGCCACCUCCUCUUCCUCCUCCUCCUUCCGCUCUUCAGCCUGGCCUGCAGUCCCAGGCCCCAUCCCUCUCUCCUGCUCUCCUCCGACCCCCUCUCCCCUCACUCCCAUACCUCCUCUCUCCAUCCUGUCUGUCAUACUCUCUGCUCAGCGCCUCUCUGGGAGCCACUCGGAGUGUUGUCAUGCCAACCAACACACCAGCUUUCAGCCCCAUCAUUGCCACUCCGUCUCCGGUUAAAAAUGACGUCCCUAUAGUGCAGGAUGCUGCAGGCAACACCAUCUCCAUUCCCACGGCCGCUGGUGCAAAGAAGCGUUUCUGGAUCAUCGAGGACAUGUCCCCGUUUGGCAAGCGCCGAAAGACCGCAUCGUCACGUAAGAUGCUGGACGAGGGGAUGAUGCUGGACGGAUUCCGGCGCUACGACCUCUACGAGAACUGCAAGGACUCCAGCUGCCAGUUUUCUCUAAAGGUCACCCACUACCACUGCACUCGUGAGAACUGUGGCUACAAGUUCUGCGGCCGCACCCACAUGUACAAACACGCCCAGCACCACGACCGCGUAGACAACCUGGUCCUGGACGACUUCAAGCGCUUCAAGUCUUCGCUCAGCUGCAACUUUCCUGACUGCCAGUUUUCAGGCAACAGCACCCACUUCCACUGUCUGCGCUGUGGUUUCCGCUGCACCGACAGCACCAAGGUGACGGCCCACCGCAAGCACCACGGCAAGCAAGACGUGAUCAGUGCUGCUGGCUUCUGCCAGUUCAGCUCCAGCGUGGACUGCGAGGUUCCUGACUGCAAGUAUAAGCUCAAGUGCUCACACUUCCACUGCACCUUCCCCGAGUGUAAGCACACAGUGGUUGGCAUGUCCCAGAUGGAUUCCCACAAGAGAAAGCACGAGAAACAGGAGCGAGGCGAGAUUCCGUCUGUGUCGCCGAAGCAGGAAGCGGCGCACCACCUGGGAGGAAAUGUGGCGGCAGUCCCUCCAUCCUCCAUGGGUCUGUCUACUUCCUCACCCGGUGGCCUCCACGGUUUGUCCCACAACAUCAUCACCAGUACUCCCUCCAUGAUCUACCAGACAGGCGGCAUUGCUUCUGACUAUAACCACUCAUACCCGCCAUCCUCCAUCAACUUAGACAGCUCCCUCAACCUGGGCACAGACACCAGCAGCUCACUGUUUUUCCUGAAGAACGCCGCCGGUCUGGGCCUCAGCGAUUCCCUGGACCUCAGCAAGAAAAUCCACCACGACGCAGCGCGAUCAGCCCACAACCUCUCAACCCAGCUGGGCCUGCCGGCAGCUCAGGACGACACCACGGGAACAUCCGGGGAGGCUGAAGAUGACAUGUCACCAGAGGAGGAGGUGCAGGCGGAGGAAGAUGACGAAGAAGAAGAGGAGGACGAUGAGGAGGAAGAGGAGGCAGAGGAUGAUCUCAACACUGACUCAAACGAUGAUUCAAUGGCGGAGCCCGACGGCGAAAAAGACAAUGGCCAGAGUUUCGAUGCUUCCGUUAACCACACUGAUGCUUCCCAACUGGAAAAGCAAGAAGAUGCUGACCCAUAAAAAACAAAAACAAAAAAAACACACAAAAAAAAAACAAACUGAGUUUAAGAACUGCAGAAAAAUUCUGUGUACUAUGAUUAAACGAAAAAUGAAAGUGGCCUCAUUUAUCAUGUCGAGAGACUUCGGACGACGACAAAAAACAACGAGAGCGUGGCGAGAAUGAUGGCCCGAAACGAUUUAUUAUGAUGUUUACAAGAUGACCAACAUUAUUAAUUCAAUUAUGCAUUAAAGGAAAAAAAAGAUUACGAAUGGAGACACACAGAGUUAGGGCCCUGUUUCACACAUGGGACAGCAAUGUAAAGCAUUUUACUACACAUCAGUCUUUUUGUGUGCGUGCAUGUUUGACUUUAAUUUAUUUUCAUUUUUUCACUUUUUUUGUGUGUGGACAAAAAAGAAAAAAAAAACACGUUAGAAAAACAAAAACAAAUCUCUCUAUAUAACUAUAUAUGUAAGUGUGUGUGUGUGCGUGCGUGCGCGUGUGUGUGAAAGAUAAUAUACAAAGGAAAUUGCUGGCACAGGCGACAUGAACUGCAGAGCCGUGGAUACAUAGAAAAAGGGACAUGAAUCACUAAGGGAAAAGGAUGUGUUUCAAACGUUUGAUCUUUUUUCUGUAUUAUUUUAUUAUUAAUUAUUAUUAUUAUUAUUAUUAGACACUGAGAGAAAGGGGUUACAUUUUGCUUGUUCCCAUCUCUUUGGUAUUGUUUUUUCUCCUUUGUUCUCAAUGAUACGUGGACUCGACCAGUAGCUGUUCGGUCGGUCUCAGCUGCAGUCAGGCGUCCUUUCAAGCCGCCAACCUCGACAGUUCUCUCUGACAUUCUGCUAGAAGUGUUUUCAACUAGCACCGACUCCAAGCUUAACCCUUUGUAAUUUUUAGCCCCAAUGUGGAGGAAUCAAGUUUGUGCGUGGGUAGUGCACUUUUCUAUUAGCUGACCAUGAUGAUAAGAUAUACUUAGAUAAGUCAUAAGUAUAUUUAAAAAAAAUAUUUUUGUUACCAUUUGCAUCUUUGCAUUAAAAAAAAUUGUCCUUUUUGUUGUGUUGUUAUAGUCAGUUGCAUAUCGAUCUGUAAGCCGGAGAGGUCUUGAUUAACGCCCGGCAAGUCACGCGGGGGAUGUUUGGUUGUUGGAGGGGCGGGUGGGGGCUUCAAGACUGACCAGAGGAAACGAUGAGUCACUCAGAUGCAGCAGCAGGAGGGGUUGGGGUAGGGGUGGGGGUGGGAUAUAGAGGAAGUGUCAGGGAGUGUGUUUUAUGUUGAAACUGUACAGACCGAAAAUGUCUCACAAAAAAAAGACGGAAAAAAAAAAACGGCAUUUUUGUUUUCCAUUCACUAUGGCUGUGGUUGAGCUCCUGUUGUAAUGGUUUUUAUUUAAUAUUUAUGUGACCUUCCAAAUGAGAAAUUUUUAGAGUGUUAUUGCACUUUUUAGGUUCAUUUUUACCAUCUGGGGAAUGAAAAAAAAGGAAAAAAAUAAUGAUAUAUAUCUUUUAACAGGGAAUUUGCUUUAAAGAUGUUGUUUUAGUUCACUUUUUUUUUUUUUUUUUUUUGCUUUGAUGCACAAAUAGAUGUUAGUGUGACAAAGAACUGUUGUUCUGUGGUUUAUUUAAAGAUUGGUUUUUAUUUUUUGCUUCUUCUGUGAUUGGACAGUACAGCGAUUUUAAAAAAAGGAAGAAAAACAACGACAACAUAAAAAAAAAAGGAAGGAAACGCGGUGCGUCGGGAAAACGGCGCUCCUGUAUGAAACACUAAUACGGACUGUGAUUUCAAUUAAUUCUUAAGGAGUUCAUAGCAAUGCUCACUUACUGUAGUACUAAAUUAUAAACCUGUCUAAACCACCCUCUGGUUUUUAUUGAGCGAAUAUGUACGACUGAGGAGUGGACACACUGAUCAUGAAUUAUCUCCUGAGCUUAGCAUUGGAUAUAAAUGAUCACAAUAUAGGGAUAAAUAAUGUGUGUAGAUGAUAUUCCUCCAGAUAUUGUUUUGAGAAGAAGAAGAAGAAGAAGAAAAAAUAAGGUUGUACAGUAUUUUCCUCUGUAAAAAAUGACUAUAUAUGAACAAAAUGCUCUUUGAUGAACAGCUUCCUUUAAAAAGAAAACGGUAAAAAAGGAGAAAUGAAUAAUAAAAAGUUAAAAAUUCAAA